AGUGUUUACCCCGGGAUGCGGUGGUGCUCGGUGCUGCUUGGGCUGCUUUUGCUCCGUCUUGGGCUGCAUGCUCUGCGGGGCCUGAUCCCACCCGAUACGGUGCGGGCAGCGGCACAGGGGGUCUCCGCCGUGUGCAAAGCUACGUACGGACGCUUCUUUGUGGGCCCCGGAGAUGACUAUGGACGCCGGUACAGCUCCUUCCCCACCGGACUCCGCAUGGAGAUGCGGGAGAUGGCCCGGAACAUGUUCUCGUUCGGCUAUGAUAACUACAUGAAAUACGCUUUCCCCGAGGACGAGCUCAACCCCAUCUGGUGCCGAGGACGCGGCCCGGACACCGGAAACCCUUCAAAUCUUAACAUCAAUGAUGUCCUUGGAAACUAUUCUCUUACCCUGAUUGAUGCUCUGGAUACGUUAGCGGUCAUGGGGAACGCCACGGAGUUCCAGAAAGCCGUACGCUUGGUGAUAGACACGGUCUCUUUUGACAAAGAUUCCACGGUUCAGGUGUUUGAAGCAACCAUCAGGAUCCUCGGUAGUCUGCUGUCUGCUCACAUCAUCCUAACCGACUCCAGUCAGCCCUUCGGCAACAUGACAAUAAGUGAUUAUAACGAUGAACUUUUGCACAUGGCGCAUGACCUCGCUGUUAGGCUUCUUCCUGCCUUUGAGAAUACCGGGACAGGCAUGCCCUAUCCAAGGGUCAACCUGCAGAAAGGAGUCCCACCAGAUAGCCUCAACGAGACCUGCACUGCCGGUGCUGGUUCACUGCUGGUAGAAUUCGGCAUUCUAAGCAGGCUUUUGGGGGAUUCUACGUUUGAAUGGGUUGCCCGCCGCGCAGUCCGAGCCCUGUGGAGUUUAAGGAGCAACGAUACGGGGCUGCUGGGUAAUGUCGUAAACAUACAGACUGGGCAUUGGGUUGGGAAGCAGAGUGGAUUAGGAGCUGGGCUGGACUCCUUCUUUGAAUACCUUCUCAAGUCCUACAUUUUGUUUGGGGAGGAAGAAGACCUAGGCAUGUUUAACGAAGCCUACAAAAGUAUCCAGAGCCACCUCAGACGAGGACGAGAAUCAUGUAACGAGGGCGAGGGGGAUCCACCUCUGUAUGUCAAUGUGAACAUGUUAAACGGGCAACUGAUGAAUACGUGGAUUGACUCUCUGCAAGCUUUCUUUCCUGGGCUUCAGGUAUUGAAAGGGGACAUAGAGGAUGCUAUCUGCCUUCAUGCUUUUUACUAUGCAAUCUGGAAAAGAUAUGGAGCGCUUCCUGAAAGAUACAACUGGCAGCUACAAGCUCCUGAUGUCUCGUUUUAUCCCCUCAGACCAGAGUUGGUGGAGUCCACGUACCUCUUGUACCAGGCCACCAAAAACCCAUUCUACCUCCAUGUUGGGAUGGACAUCCUCCUGAGCCUGGAGAAACAUGCAAAAGCAAAGUGUGGAUAUGCUACUUUACACCAUGUAGUUGAGAAGUCCCAUGAAGAUAGAAUGGAGAGCUUCUUCUUGAGUGAGACAUGUAAAUAUCUUUAUUUGCUGUUUGAUGAGGAUAACCCUGUGCACAGAACUGGAAACAAGUAUCUCUUCACAACCGAGGGCCAUUUGGUUCCUCUGGACCCUCGUUUCAGAAAGACACCCUGGCAUGACUUCUUUUAUGAAGAAGGGAAAGGAGAGAAAAGUUUGGAAAAACUAUCUCAGACCAAGCUUCGCACAGCAAACUCCAGCACCAAUUGUCACAGAGUCCCUGAAGAGCGAAGGUUUUCUCUCCCCUUGAAGAGCGUCUACAUGCGUCAGAUAGAUAAGAUGGUGGGACUCCUAUGACCUCAGCGAGCUGGGAGCCGUCCCAGCAUGCGUACCCCAGAAUCCGAUGGAACUCUGGCCCUUCCCGCGUUACGAAACUGCACCUUCGUCUGAGGCCAUAUACAACCUGCCUAGAUGGGAGAAUUCUCCUCUGUUUACUGAGGAACAGCUGCUCCCUCUCUUGCACACGAUGGCAUCAGAUUUUGGAACUUGCUGUGUAAAUAAAUGAAACCCUCAGGGACUGUGCAAACGUACACACCACGUGUCUUCCAAAGGCUGCUGCGCCUUCCUUUAAGGUUUGCUUUCUUCAGGUCCAGUGCAGAAGUAGAAAGGAAAAUGCCGGACACUUCUGUGCUCAUUAAUCCUCGCAACAUAUUACUCGAGAGUGGAUUUUAAAAUCCCCAUCACUGCCGUAUCAUGUGUUUUCCUUUAUUGCUGCAGACCGAUCUUGGUUUUUUUCCACCCUUGGGAUUUAGUCUUCUCCAGAGAACAAAAAUAACUUGCCAAAACCUUUAAAUGUGCAUAAGCCAUGUUUUUCCCCCUAUAUUAUCAAAACCUACUAUUGCUUACAGGUGCAUAGGCCAUACAACCAUUUCUAAUACAAAAAUACGAUCUUUAAGUCUCUAUAGUCUCCCCUCCUACACGUGGGGUCAGUGCCUUAAAAAAAUACCUUUUUUAAUUUUAAUAGACAUUUUUUCCAUGCAGUUUAGGCUGGUGACAAUGUGUCUAAAUUUCAGAUUUGUGGAUUUUUUUUAUGUUUUUAUUUUUUUUAUAAAGACAAAAUCUGUAAUCGCAUCUUUUUACGUUUUAAAGAACAAAAAAAAAUCCUGACAAUGUGUCUAAAUUUCAGAUUUUUUUUUUUAAAUCAUGUUUUAAAGAACAAAAAAAAUCCUGAACUGUAGGCGGAGUUUGCACAAAAUGUGCCCCUUUUUUUAUGUUGUAUUCUGUGUUUCCGGGACAGCGAUGGGUUUUUAAGGUUUGGAAGCUAUAUUUGGAGGUCUCUCCGCAGCACCUGCCCGACCUCACAGACUGUGUGCCUUCCCACACUGACCUAAUUGUCUAAUCAUUACAAAAAAAGUAUUCAGGGAUUCUUUUUUUUUUUUUUAUAAAUAUGCUGAAGAACUAAUAUUUUUAUUUUUUUCAUUACAAAAUCCAAGUCUUAUAUUAAAAAUAAACAGGCAAAAAUAAAAA